AAGCUCUCAUCCAGCCUCAAACUUUUGAGUUCUGCACUUUCACCUGGAGUUCAGUCGCUCUCUUUCACUGAGCUUCUGUCCCCGCCUCUCUUUCUCUUUCUUUUGCCCUUUCUUCAAAUCGGCUGGUCCGUUUUGCGACCCAAGCUGAUCUUUCGAGACAGCCUGUUUCAUCUUUUCCCUACCUAGCUGUCCUAGUGGCGCUUUUGCUCUCCUUUCUUCACGAAAAGUUUCAAAUAAUGCGUGUUAAGCAAUUUUGGGUCUACGUUCCGCUUCCCGCAAAGCUGAAGCUUGUAUGGGAACGUAUCACUUUUUCUCGACUCACGACUGCCUAUUUCGUUUUUUCGGUUCUCCACUGUUUCAUCCAACUUGGGUUGCAGAUCAACGCUUUCACCGUCAACGCUAACGCUGCGGUGUUUCUGGAGUCGAUUGUGAAGCAGGCAGGUGCCACUGGUAAGGUUGUACCAGCCCUUGGGAACGGCGAUUUGAGGUUAUGUCAAACCAUUGCCCACGAUCUCAGUAUCGACGCUUGUGAGGUUGUAUGGAGUGAACAAUCUGGGACAGCACGCGAAGCCGAUAACAUUGCUACCACUUCCCUCACGUCACAACCCACUUCCAGUCCCACUGAUAAUGUGGUGGUAUCUGUGUCUAAUUCCGCCACCUCCGUCAGCUCUUCUUCCCAGACCUCUAAUACCGUCUCGCCCUCUUCAACAAGACAGACAACUCAGUCUGCUACGUCGCAGGUUAUUCGAACUAUCACUAUCAUAACAACACCAACACCUACCGCCACCAACGUCAACAAUGCAAAAAAAGUUGAGGAGGAUCACGACGACGACCACGAGAAGGACAGUCAGAAGCACGAUGAUGAUGACGACGGCGAGGAGGAAGGGAAGGAAGGAAAUCUUGAGCAUAGGGCGGCACCUUUCAAGAGACAACCUUCGGGCAUGCCCGUCAAAGUUACCUUGAACGGUGGUGGGUUCCAUAACCAAGUCGAAGAGUUGACUAUGAGCUGCGCUCUGUCUUUGAAUUGGCCUGUCAGCAUUCUCGACAACACGAAGCGUGAAGACGUCGUCUUCAUCGCAUUCCAAAUUUGGGUAUUGGGAAUGUCAAUCGUCGCUAUUCUCAAUGAGUCAAUCCCUCAUAUUGUGGCAUCGCUGCUUACCCAUCUUCUGGCAACUGGUUGGUCAGGGUUUCAGAUCAACCAUACAGCAAGCUUCCGACACGAUUUCACACGAUUCAUUUCACAAGGAGCCUGUGCGGAAAAAUACCUCUCACCUAAUUUCUGGACUCAGCGCGUUGUUGUGGAAUACAUCAUACUUUCGUUCAAUAUUGUCGCUCUCCUCAUAUCUGCGUAUUUGACUUGGAAGUUAGUGAAGCUCUUCGGAUGGCAGACCUUCAAACGUGUCGGUGCUUCACUUGCAGUGAACCGCAUGUAUAAGCUGGUCCUCGUUAUGUCUAUCGCGCUACAGCUGUCCAUAUUCUUCAUGGGUGUCACCUGUGGUUUGUGGAUAGACGACCUCUUCAAUGGCGUCGCUGCAACUCAGGCAUGGUAUGUUCCUCUGUACAAAACCACUGUAUUCAUUACCAUUUUCCUUCUUAUUCCCUGGGUUAUCCUGGGAUGGGUUUCCAUUCGGAAAGAACUGAAAGUUCCGAUGUUGAUCUUCUUGGUCCUCUCCUUGUGUUAUCUUGCUGGUUGGAGUGUCAUGUUCAUAGCCGACACUUUCCGUUGGACCUUCAUGACCUGGAAGUUCUUCCGUCUCAUGGCGGUCGCUUCCGUCUUCCUCACAGUUGUCGCAUUCGUACUUGGUGUUAUCUGCCGCUGCAACUUUGGGAAGGGUCUACCACGCUAUCUUAAUGCGCAAGAACCUCUUCCCGGUGAUGAAUUCACCCCGGUAUACCAAACAAGUGACAUUGAGAAAGUCGACUUCCCAUCGAGUGAUAAGCCUAUCCCUACUUUCUCUGCUGCGUUCGGACGAGGUGCGGAAGUUCCGCCUCCAAAUCAAAUGUUUCCCACUCGUGGAUCGAAUGGACCUCGAUUUUUCCAGCGAUCUGCCGUGCCAUUCGAGAGUCCUCGAGGAAGUGACGGUUACAUCACUCCUCCGGAGUCAGUCAUGACACGCGAUAACAGCAGGUCCGAUACUUUAUCACGGUCUGACUCGAAUGAGGACUACAACUACAACCACUCAGGAAACCAGCACUUUCGGUCAGAUAGCUCGGAUUCUGGUAAGACGGUAGGAGGACGUUGGGUAAUCGAGUAAAAUAGAUAGUUGUUCAAAGUUUAAUGCGUGCCGGGUUCGCUGGACAUUUUUUUGCUUUCUUCUAUCGUGCUUCUGAAAUGCAUAUUGCUGCGGGAGUCAGUUACUCCCAUUCCUUGCAUGUACACAAAUUUUAGAUCAACUGUAGACACUGCCGAGGUCAAGCCGAGGCGGUGUUUAACAUAGUUUAACGCUGACAUCUAAC